GGGGGCUGGCCGGUAGCGGAAGCCGGCGUUCGCCACUCAAAGCUCUUCCAGCUGGUCACUCCAGCCUCCUGGGACUUUGCCUCGUCUGACCGCGAGCUCCAGGCCAGGGGUGUCUGGGGAUGCCGAUCAGCCGCUUUCUGCGAGGAGCUUAACCCGCCCCGCUCCCGACCGGAUGGGACCCCCGGAGUGCGCUAAAGUCUCCAGUGAAUAUUGAAUUGCUGAGAAAUUUGGGGAAAGACUGGCUGAAGUUCCCAUUCCAUGGAUCCCUUGGGCGCACCUUCCCAGUUUGUGGAUGUGGACACACUGCCAAGCUGGGGUGAUUCAUGUGAAGAUGAAUUAGAUACUUCUGAUACUUCAGCUGAGACGCUGCAGGGGAAUACUGUUAGAUCGCCUUUUCUUUACAAGAAGGAUAUCAGUGGGAAAGUGAUUCUCUGGAAAGGAGAUGUGGCGUUACUGAACUGUACAGCCAUUGUGAACACCAGCAAUGAAAGUCUUACCGAUAAGAACCCCGUGUCAGAGAGUGUCUUCAUGCUCGCAGGACCUGAUUUGAAGGAGGACCUCCAGAAACUUAAGGGCUGCCGGACAGGUGAAGCAAAACUGACGAAAGGAUUUAACCUGGCCGCCCGGUUCAUCAUUCACACAGUGGGACCGAAGUACAAGAGCCGCUACCGCACAGCUGCCGAGAGCUCCCUGCACAGCUGCUACAGGAACGUGCUCCAGCUGGCCAAGGAGCAGUCCAUGUCUUCUGUGGGGUUCUGUGUCAUCAAUUCUGCAAAACGAGGUUAUCCUUUAGAGGAUGCAACGCACAUAGCACUUCGCACUGUAAGGAGAUUCCUAGAGAUUCAUGGGGAGACCAUCGAAAAAGUAGUGUUUGCUGUCUCUGACCUUGAAGAGGCUACUUACCAAAAGCUGCUACCUCUGUACUUCCCAAGGUCGUUAAAGGAAGAACGUCGGUCAUUGCCGUACCUACCUGCAGAUAUUGGAAAUGCGGAAGGGGAGCCCGUGGUACCUGAGCGACAGAUCAGAAUAAGUGAGAAACCUGGUGCCCCGGAGGACAACCAUGAAGAGGAGGCUGAAGGCUUGGGGGUUGACCUCUCUUUCAUCGGCUCUCAUGCUUUUGCUCGAAUGGAAGGAGACAUCGAUAAGCAGAGAAGACUGAUCCUUCAGGGCCAGCUGUCAGAGGCAGCCCUGCAGAAGCAGCACCAGAGGAAGACCUUAAAAGCCACUCCAUUUCCUUCAGGUGGUUUUGAAGCAGUUCUGGAUAAGUCCUUUUUCAGGCGUAAAGAAAGCAGCUUAUGUGCUUCUGGUUAUAAUCGCUGGUUGUGUCAAGCAAGAUCUGAGGAUCUAUCAGACAUUGCUUCUCUGAAAGCCUUAUACCAAACAGGUGUCGAUAACUGUGGGCGCACAGUGAUGGUGGUAGUUGGAAGAAACAUUCCUGUCACACUAAUUGAUAUGGACAAGGCUCUCCUGUAUUUCAUCCAUGUAAUGGAUCACAUUGCGGUGAAGGAAUAUGUAUUAGUAUAUUUUCACACACUGACCAGCGAAUACAAUCACCUGGACUCUGACUUUCUGAAGAAACUCUACGACGUUGUUGAUGUCAAAUACAAGAGGAAUUUGAAGGCUGUUUAUUUCGUUCAUCCAACAUUUCGUUCAAAGGUAUCAACAUGGUUUUUUACCACCUUCUCUGUCUCAGGACUGAAGGACAAAAUCCACCACGUGGACAGCCUCCACCAGCUGUUUGCUGCCAUAUCACCAGAACAGAUUGACUUUCCUCCUUUUGUCCUUGAAUAUGAUGCCAGGGAGAAUGGGCCUUACUGUACAUCUUACCCCCCAUCACCAGACUUGUGACCUGCCAUCUUCUAGUGCUACUGGUUUCCAGGGACGUCACUUUCUCCACGAAUUGCUACCUAUUGAAGUGAUAUUCAUUUUUGCUGUUCAGAUCCAGAGAGCCUUUUGUCCCCACCUCUCUGGUAUUUUUUUAUUGACUGUAUAUUUUCUGGCACAUAAGCAAUCUGAAAAUGGUAGGCCAUUCCGAACUGCACACUUAUUUUAAAUUUGUAUAUUUGUAUCAAAUGGAAAUGUUCAUUUUUAGAAGGUUGUUAACAGAAAUUGGGGAGCAACUUUUGAGUAUCUUCAGUUUCCUGAAAGGACACUAGAUUCUCCAUUAGACAAGCCACCAGUCUUGUUCAUGCCCUCUCUUUAACAUUGCACGCUUUCUUGGUGUACCUCACUGUCUCAGAAUAUGUAGAACUAGUGUGUGCUGACCAUAUAUCCACUGUUUGCUUCAGGUCCUGGCAUCACAUUUUAUGCAGAUAAUUUGGUUAUGACAAAAGAGAAUUGUCUGGGAUCAAGGAUGUGGAAAUGUAUCGGAACAAAAUCAUUAGCAAAAUACAGGUCUUGGAAUCUUACUGCACCCGUGAAGAUGAAGCUGUAAGGACUAAAGUUCCUUGGAUUUAUGAUUUGUUAAGAUUGCUACUGUUCUGGUCUCAAUAGUGGGGGCAAUAAGACUGUAUCUUCUGCCUUUUUCCUAGAA